AUGCGCCCAGGCGACGGCGUUCGUGGCGUGGCAAGGCCCGGUCGUGGAGACGAUGUCGAUCUGGAGGCUCUCCAGGAUGCGUUUUUGAGGAGCGCAGAGAGGCCGUCGGCAAAGGUUUCUCGCGCAAAGCCACCGACCAUAAAAGCCGGAUCCUCUCUGGGGGUGAGGAAGGAGGACGACGACCCCCGCAGCGGCAGGGGCGGCGCUGAUACCGCGAACGCGCCGCGCUCGACCGGCGGUGGCGCGGCGGCGGCGACGGCGGUAGCAGCAGCGACGGCGAUUUCCCCGGGGACCCAACCAACCCGCGACAACAACAACCGCGAACCCCCCCGUAGUCUAGGCGUGCCCCCGGAAGAGCGCGAGAAGGGUCCGCUGACGUCGGCCUCGUCGCCAACGGGGGGUAUGAUCCUGAACGCCCCCGGGGUGGUGUCGAAGAGCGUUCGCGAGAGGGAGGUAAAGCCGCCGGCGCCAAUGAGAAUUGGCGGCUUCGCCGGCGGCGCUGGCGCUGGCGGGGCGAUCGGGAGACGAGGAGACAAGCAGCGUUUCGGACUCGCGAAGGGAGCGAAGCACGUCACGGCGGUGGCGGAGCGCGGUAUCAUCGGAGGGUUCCCGGCGGUGCGCCACCGGUCAGAGAUGGGCCUCGUUAAGCUCGGGGUGGGUGCUGCAGCCGCUUCUACCGGUGCCCCCCCCGCGACCGCCGCUGCUGCCGCUGCCGCUGCAAAGGGGAACGCAGCAACCGAAAGAGGCGGCCGUGGCGGGGCCGGCAGAGGCGGCGGCGGCGGCGUCGGCAAUAUCCCCGGCGACAUCCACGAAGAGAACCUGUCGCGGAUCUCGGCAAUGUCCCCGGACGAGAUCGCCGACGCGCAGCAGGAGAUUCGCGCGGCGUUGCCGCCCGGGGCGCUCGAGAUGCUCCUGCGGCGGGGACGGGGAGGGGGCGGAAAGACCCGGGCGGCGACCGCGGCCGGCGGGAUCGACUCCGAGGAGGCCCUCGAGGCCGCCCUUCUCACCCUCCCGCCGGAAGAGAGGGCAAAAUCACGCUGGACUCUCACCGUUAGCGGUGACGCGGCGGUAACGACGGCGGCGGCGGCGGCGGUGGUAGCUACAGCGGCUGCCGGUGGGCCCGGUGGCACCGGUGGGCGUGGGGGAGGCGACGAGGCUCGUGUUGAUCUGGACGGUGCGGUGGUGGUGCUUGCGGGAGACGGGGGUGGGGGGUCCGCGAGUGAUGGGGGGGAGGGGCUCGAGGCAUUGCAUCAUCACGGGGACGAUCCUGACAAAGCCGGGUACACCCCAUCUGAGCUAGUGCGACUGGCGAGGAGCACUGUGUCGGGGCAGAGGCAGCUGGCGCUGCGCGCCCUGGCUGGAGUUCUCAGGUUUCGCGCGGCGUGCAUAGCCCGGGGGCAGACCCCGCCGCAUCGCCGCCUCCCGGAGAUGCUGCCGGUCGCGAUAAGGCUGUGCCUCGACGAUGGCAACCCGUCGGUCACGUCCGCGGCGCUGAACGCGACCGAGGCCCUCUUGGCCCCCUUGGCGCGAGACGGCGAGGACGAGGAGAGGGCGAUGCAGGGGCUCUCGUGGGUGGACUAUCAGGCGUUUCCAUGCGAGCCACGUCCCCUCUGCACCCCCGAGGAGAAACAGCAUCUUCCCCCCCUAAAGGAUAGCGCCAUCGAGGAGGAGGGAGACGAAACCCCGGGCGACGGGGGAGAAGGCGAGGGGGGCAAGACGGUGCGGGAGCUGGCGAGGCUGUGCUACGAAGACCCUUGCCGGGGGUUGCUUGAGAUGGCGCUGCUACCGAAGAUUGCGAGCGUGAUCAAGAGCUACGCGGACCAAGUCGCUGCCGAUGGUGCUCAGGCUGCUUCCGACGGCGGUGGCGGCCUUGGGGAUAAGGGAAGCUUUCAUGGGGCCGCAAGGGCAACGGCGGCAGCGACGGCGGUUUCGUUUCGUCCACGGGCGGCGCUGUCCUGCCUGAGGGUGCUGUGCGCGGUGGCGGGGAGGGCUCCCUGGGCCGCGGAGAGGGUGGCGAGCGAGCCUGGUCUGCUCGACGCCGUUCGGGAGGCGUUCUUGGAGCCGAGAGCUGACGGCACGCUCCCGUUGGACCUGUCUGAAACGGCACCUGCAACGGUGACUGCGACGGCGAUUCCGAAACAACUCUCACCGCCGCCGCCACAAGAACCAGCAACAUCUGCAAGAGCUGAGGGAAAGGCAAGGACGGAAGGGCCACGAGAUGCGAACGGGUGCCCGCCGCCGCCACCGCAAGAGCAACUGGCACUGCUGGCCGUUAGGCUGGCGAGGGUCUUGGUGCAGAGCGGACGCGGAGUAGCUCUGGCCCUGUCGCAGACGCCUCUGCUAGGGUCGACGAAAGGAUGGCUUGCGCUGGGACAGGGCUCUCGAAGGCCCCUCCCCGCGCUCGAGGCGGUGCAGCGCGAGGUCCUAGAGCUGUGGCGCUGCUGCCUGUCCUACGGCGUCGACGUCGCCGCCGCGGACACUGUCGUCCUCGUGGCUCGCGGUCAGGGCUGGUGGCCGGGUCUCAGCGGUGGUGUUGGCGCCGCCGCCGCCGCCGCCGCUGCCGCCGCUCCUCUCGUUGCCGAUUCCGUCACCGUUGAACGCGGCGGCGGCGGCGGCGGCGGUAGCGGCGGAGGUGUCGGCGAAGAACCCACCGCCGCCGCUCCUGUUGGUGCGGAAUCUGUAUCUGCUGAUAGUGGUGUUGGUGUUGGCGAUGGUGUUGGUGGUGUCGGUGCUCAAUCAUCGUCUGGUGUUGCUCAAUCAACGUCUGGUGGUGCUGGCGGUGGGAGCCGUGGCGGCGAUUCUUUGCCGCCGAGGCUGGCGUUCUACCGCGCCCUGCACCAGCUCGCGUGCGCGUGCGUCCUCCCGCCCGGAGUCAGCGCCGCCGGCAGGAACAAGAACGACGGUGCCGAGACCGCCGGCGGCGACGGCAAGGCGGGCGCUGGUGCAGCGGGGACGGGGGUACGGAAAGAGGCCGAGGGUUUCUCUGUCGGUGGCGUUGCUGUCGUGCCAGAGUCCUGGGCGGACGUCGGCGACACCGUCGACGCGGCCGUUGAGGGUGCUCUCCUCUGGCUCUUGAGCGGCGUCCGCGGUGGCGGCCGCGUGGGCGGAGGAGGGGCUGCAGAGACGGCUCAGCAGGCCGCCGCCGUCCACCUGGUGGCCUGUUGGGUGGAGCGGUACCAAGCCAUGUCCCGCACGAUCGGGAGGCGUGGGUCCCGCCACCUGGAGUCAACAGCGGAGGACGCGGCCGUGCUGUUUUCGUCUCUCCUGGCCUCCCCCGCCCUGCCGCUACCGGCGGCGGUGGCAGCAACGACGGCGGUGACUCGCAGAGGCGAUCAAUCCGGCGGCAGCGGCGGCAGCGGCGGCAGCGGCAGCGGAGACGGCUUCAGCCAGAGAGGGGUUAGCAGCGGCGAGGCCGCGGCGGCGGCGGGGCUCGACUGGCUCUCCGGCGUGUUUCGGCUCGGCCUGGCGUGCGAAAGGGCGGUGCCCGGGGAGGCGGCGGCGGCCCUGGCUUCCGCGCCGGAGGCAACGGCCGCGGCCCUCGCGGCCUUCCUCGCCGCCGCCGGUACCGCCGGCGCCGGCGCCGCUGCUGCCGACAGGGCUUCGGCCGCCCCUACCGCUGCUGUCGCGCCACCCCCCGCAACGUUCUUGAGAAGGGUGCGGCGUGCUGAGGCCGGUGCGAGGUGGCUCGGGUGCAGGCUGCUGGCGCUUGGUUGUAGGGGGGGUGGUAGGGAGGGUGGAUGGCCGUGGGCGGCGUUGAGGAGGGACUGCGCUCUGCAGGCAAUGGCGCUCUGCGAGCGCGGCGACGAAGCCAUCGCCGUGGGGCUACUGGCGGAGGCUUUGCCUGGCAGUACCGUCGACAGUCCCGAGGAGGAGGGGUCGGAGAGGCCUAGCGACGAUCCUGCCGCCGCCGCCGUCGGCACGGCCGCUGCUUCUACGUCGCUUCUGCGAAUGCUCUUCCGUGGUGCCAUCAGCGACCCGGUGGCCUUGUCUCAAUCCUCCUUCCACCUGGACGGGCGGUGGGCAUCCCUGCAGAGCCUGAAGGCGUGCACGCCCCCGGGGACGGCCUCCCUCCUUCCCCUGCCCCCGCACUGGCUGUUUCUCCCUCUGGCCAGCCAGGGCGGGGAAAAAGCUGCUUCCACGGCCGUGUCGGCUUGCCUCUCUCUGCUGGUCCAACUUGAGCGAGAGGAGAGCGCCUACGUGUGGAGCGGCGGCGGCGGCGGCGGAACCGGUUGCGUUUCGCCCGAGGUGAAGCUGUACCAUCUGGCCAACGCGUGCCUGUAUGGUGCCUCGGUGCUGUCCGGACUUGGCGUGGUCCAACAUUUCGACUGGUUGUUCAGCAGGUAUGCGAAAGGCCACUAA